AUGAAUACUAAGGAGGACGAUCCAUCGUUGCACGAUGAUAGAGAGUCUGCGGCUGUAGAGGUGAGAGAAAAAGAUGUUAAUUCGCGGCCAGAAGCUUUCAAGACGACAUUUCAAGAAGUUUUAUGUGUUAUAGUCACAUGUUUGGGAACAGCUACGAGUUCGAUCCCUGAAGGAAGUUUCCAAGUGAGUUUGAACGAUCUAGCAUCCGAUUUCAGUGUUGAUGGAGGCCAGCUUGUGUGGAGUGUUUCGUCAAUUGCUCUCGCAAGUGGAAGCUUUGUUCUGAUAGGAGGCAAGUUGGCCGACUGUCUGGGAAAGAGACACAUGAUGGUUGUUUGCUUUGCAGGAUUUUCUAUUGCAUCUUUGAUAGCUGGGUUUAUGAAAAGCUAUGUGGGAUUGGUUAUCCUGAGAGCCAUCGAGGGUCUUUUCUUUGCUCCUUUAAUUCCAGCCGGCGCAAGUCUCCUAGGAUCGAUAUAUCCAGAGUCCAGACGACGCAAUAUUGCAUUCGCUGUGUAUUCCAGCGGUGGAGCAAUUGGAUACAUAGUGGGUCUCUUCACCGGUGGAAUAUCAGUUUUGGCAUUCAGUUGGAAGGCUGUGCAAUUUUUCACGGCUAUAUUUUUUGGGGUAGUGACAAUAGUGGCAUUUUUCGUGAUCCCAAAAGAUCCGCCGCUCGACAAGGUCCAAAUUAGGAAGGUUCUGAAAGAGCUUGAUUACCUUGGGUCGUUCCUCAUAUUGGCCAGUUUCGCAUUGAUAUGUUUCGCUCUUACCCAGGUGGACGCCACCGAGCGCAAAUGGCAGACCCCAUACAUCUACUCGCUAUUGAUUGUCGGAGUGCUGCUACUAAUAGUUUUUAUCCUUGUGGAGAUCUACCUCGCCAAGGAUCCGAUAAUACCUAUGGAACUAUGGAAAAAGAAGGAUUUUGGGCUAGCCAUGCUAGUUGCCUCUUUGACAUGGGUGACUUUCAUUGGUAUUUUAGGAUAUUAUCCGAUGAUAUAUUUUCAAUAUGUCAGACGAUGGUCUGCUUUCCACACAGCGUUAGCAGCUUUGCCCAUGGGUAUAAUGGGUGCUUUGACCAAUGUUUUUGUCGGGGUUACUUUCCAUUUGAUCUCGGGUAAGGUGCUUUUAAUUGGAGGCAAUGUCUGUUUGGUUGGUGCCACAGUUGUUUGGGCCACCCUUGAUUAUCAUAGAUCUUACUGGCUCGGGCCGUUUUGGGGGUACAUUCUUUGUGUUAUCGCCUGCGAUAUCACCUAUAAUGUCUGCACCAUGGUCACGGUGACUGCUGUAGAGCGGAAGAAUCAAGGGGCAGCUGCAGGGGUGUUCAAUACGAUUUUACAGCUGGUUGCAGUUGUUGGAUUAAGUUUGGGAUCUGUUUUGGUGUCCGCGAAAGAUCCUUAUUACGGUACUCCGGAGCAGAACGAGCAUCCGAAGGAGUUGUUCCACGGACUAAUCAACGUGUUCUAUCUCGGAAUUGGGUUUUCGGGAUUGGCUCUUGCGUCCUCGUUUUUCGUUCAUGUUGGAACUUCUGGAAAUGCCGAAGCCGAGAACACGAUAGAAAAUUUGGCAAGCGGCUGA